AUGCUCUCUGUUGCUGUAGCGCUCUCUCUGCUCUCCAUGGCUCCAGCCAUUAGCGCUAGUCCCGUUCAACGCUGUACUGGGACAAUUUCUUCCCUUGACGACGUUGCAGAUGCCGUCAAGUGUACUACGAUUAAUAUCGAGUCAUUUACCGUUCCCGCUGGUCAAACUUUUUCAAUCUCUGCCCCUGACGGCGCAACUAUCAAUGUUAAAGGAGAGGUCACGUUUGGAGUCAAAGAGUGGUCAGGUCCUCUUUUCGAGCUCUCCGGGAAUAGCAUUACUUUCAAUGGUAACGGGUACACCUUCAAUGGUCAAGGUCAGGAGUACUGGGACGGGCUUGGAAGCAGUGGGUCAACUAAGCCGCACCCUAUGAUGAAGAUCAAAUCUUCCGGCACAUUCACAAAUCUUGUAGUCAAGAACUCUCCGCAACAGUGCUUCAGUAUUGGCAAUGAUGCCACACUCACAAUUAGCAAAGUAACCGUCGACAACUCCGAUGGUAAUAGUUCCAAUAGCAAGAGCAGCGGAAAGCCCGCGGGACACAAUACAGAUGGCUUUGAUGUCUCUGCCUCUGAUGUAACCAUCGAGGACAGCACUGUAUCCAACCAGGACGAUUGCAUUGCGAUCAAUAAAGGCUCUAACAUUAUCUUCAAGGGAAAUUCUUGCACCGGCGGACACGGCAUCUCUAUUGGAUCUAUCAGCUCUGGAGUUACAGUCAGCGGUGUUCAAAUAUUGAACAAUGUUGUGAAAAAUAACCAGAACGGACUUCGAAUCAAAACCGAUGCAUCUGCCACUGGGAAUUACUUACUCGGGAACACAGUCACUGGGGCCACCAAGUAUGGUGUCAUCAUUGACCAGAGCUACCCGAGCACCCUCGGAACUCCAGGAAAGAACGUCAAGAUUUCCGGCGUAACAUUCUCCGGAACCAAUACUAUCUCGGUCGCGAGUGGCGCAAAAGAGGUCGAAGUCAACUGCGGAGAUUGUAGCGGCACUUGGAAUUGGUCCGGGCUGAAGGUUUCUGGAGGUUCUGCUGGCUCUAGUAACUAUAAAGGAAUUUCUGGGUUUAGUGUCUAA